GAGGAAGUAUCUUGGCUGUUCGUGUUACACGACUUCGACAACUUCUCAUCGGUCGAUAGUCCAGCAGUUGCAGCAUCUGCAGCAGCGUCAGCCAAGCGAAAAUUGAUUCUCCAAGAAUUGGAGACCCGCUAUAUCUACGGAAUACGAAAUCUGAAUAAUUUCUUCUCGGGCACCAAGAUGGUUGGUACUAUCGAGACAAAAGUGCCAACGUCGAGCAUCCGAGGUAUCGACUUGAGCAAGAUAUAUUCGGAGAACGUAGCUGCGAAAGUGUUCCAAGUUGCGCAACGAGGUUUCAAGCAAGAGGCACCACUCCCUACCUACCCGCACACUGUGCCCCAAGUUGGCUCCAAUGCAGGACGGUAUGAAGAGCGCGAAGCAGACUUCUGGACAUGCGGCUUCUUCCCAGGUUGCAUUUACACAAUAAUUGAGCGGGCUGUACGCUACCCACAAGCCUUGGACGUCCCUGAGCACAUUCGAUCUCAAUUCCAGGAUCAAUUGCUGAAAGUUGGCCGACACUGGAAUGUUGCAAUCAACCAAAUGAGCUCACGGACCGACACACAUGAUAUGGGCUUCAUCGUUCAACCUGCAUUGCAAAAAGACUGGGAACUGACAGGAAAUAAAGAGAGUUUACAGUCCGUUAUCAACGCCGCGUAUGCUCUUGCUUCGCGGUACGACGAGAAGGUCAAAGCUAUCAGAAGCUGGGAUGUCGCCAUCAAUGAUCGCUACUCUAUCACCGACAUGAACAAGAACUUCCUCGUCAUCAUAGAUAGCAUGUGCAACCUUGAUCUGCUUUACUAUGUCGGUCAUAAUCAACACGAUCAGAAGCUCAUAGAUAUUGCAACCCAGCACGCCGACUCCAUCAUCCACGAAAUUCUGCGCCCGGACUUUUCCUCCUACCAUCUCGUCAAUUUCGACCCAGCUACUGGUCUUCCACAAGCGAAAAUGACCAACCAAGGCCACAAGGACGACUCAACAUGGAGCCGUGGGCAAGCAUGGGCCAUCAUGGGUUUUGCACAAGUCUAUACUUGGACUAAGGAUACGAAGUACCUUUCAACAGCGAUCAAAUGCGCAGAGUAUUUUCUGCGACGCUGUAAGGAAGGCGAGGGCAAAUGGCACCACCCGCUUGUACCGUUGUGGGAUUUUGACGCGCCAAUUGACGAUCCAAAUGAGCCACUACGCGACGUCUCCGCUGCUAUGGCGACCGCAAACGGCCUCCUUAGCAUUCACCAGUCUCUCCAAUCAUUACCAGCUUCAGAAGCAUCACAGUUGGUCGACGCAUCCACAGACUUCCUCGAUAUUGCACUGCAGAUUGUCAGCCAGACGCUUGAGAUGUCGUAUGACCAUGAUCAUGCAUCUUUCGAGACACCAGGAAAGGCUUUGACCAAUGGUGCUGGGGCGGCGGAGAUCAAGGUCAAGGAGAGUGGGUUUGAUGCGAUUCUGAGGAAUAGCACAACAAACUGGAAUCCAGAUGCCCAUCAGAAGUACAAGGAUCACGGGUUGGUCUACGCAGAUUACUACCUGUUGGAGUUUGGGAACAAGCUGUUGCGAGCGGGGCUUCUUUAGACAGCAUUCAGUACCGAUUGAUGAUUUUUGUGUUUAAGAACAUGAAGCUUUCUGUGUCGUCAUCAUGGAUAGAACUUUGGACUGAUCAGCACGGCGCUCGAUUUCAGUUGAAUAGAAU